AGUCGUGAGGUGUGAGUGCCACUUCACUGUGUACCGAAGAGUUAGUCGGAGAUGACUCCCUACACGGUGAUUGCUCUCGUGGUUGCAUUGAGCCUGGCACAGUAUGCCUUCCUCGCCGCGGCCGCCGGCCCUAGGGUCAUCAUCGUCGGCGCCGGCAUGUCGGGGAUCUCGGCGGGGAAGAGGCUGUCGGAUGCCGGGAUAACCGACCUGCUGAUUCUGGAGGCGACGGACCACGUCGGCGGGAGGAUGCACAAGCAGAACUUCGCCGGCAUCAACGUCGAGGUCGGCGCCAACUGGGUGGAGGGCGUCAACGGCGGCAAGAUGAACCCCAUCUGGCCCAUCGUCAACUCCACCCUCAAGCUCAGGAACUUCCGCUCCGACUUCGACUACCUCGCACAAAACGUCUACAAGGAGGAUGGUGGCCUUUAUGAUGAAGAUUACGUUCAGAAGAGGAUUGACCUGGCGGAUAGUGUGGAAGAGAGUGGGGAAAAACUCUCCGGCACGUUGCACACUAGUGGCCGCGACGACAUGUCUAUCCUUGCCAUGCAGCGGCUCUACGAUCACCAGCCUAACGGCCCGGCGACGCCGGUGGACAUGUCCGUGGACUACUACAAGUACGACUACGAGUUUGCGGAGCCGCCGCGCGUGACCAGCCUGCAGAACACUGUCCCUCUCCCGACGUUCAACGACUUUGGAGACGACGUCUACUUCGUCGCCGACCAGCGGGGCUACGAGUCCGUUGUCUACUACCUCGCCGGCCAGUAUCUCAAGACUGACAAGUCCGGCAAAAUCGUCGAUCCCCGGUUAAAGCUCAACAAGGUGGUUCGUGAGAUCUCCUACUCCCCGAGUGGAGUCACCGUGAAGACGGAGGACAACUCGGUUUACCGAGCAGACUACGUGAUGGUUUCUGCAAGCUUGGGGGUCCUGCAGAGCGAUCUCAUUCAGUUCAAGCCCCAGCUGCCUUCAUGGAAGGUCGUAGCGAUCUACCAGUUCGACAUGGCCGUGUACACCAAGAUAUUCGUCAAGUUCCCCAAGAGAUUCUGGCCUGAAGGUAAAGGGAGGGAGUUCUUCCUCUACGCCAGCAGCAGGAGAGGUUACUACGCAGCGUGGCAGGAGUUUGAGAAGCAGUACCCUGGUGCCAACGUCCUCCUUGUCACCGUGACCGACGAAGAGUCUAGGCGCAUUGAGCAGCAGUCGGACAACCAAACCAAGGCAGAGAUCAUGGAGGUGCUGAGGAAGAUGUUCCCUGGCAAGGACGUCCCGGACGCGACCGACAUCCUUGUCCCGAGAUGGUGGUCCGACAGGUUCUACAGGGGCACCUUCUCCAACUGGCCAAUUGGUGUGAACCGCUACGAGUAUGAUCAGCUCAGGGCGCCAGUUGGGAGGGUUUACUUCACUGGUGAGCACACAAGCGAGCACUACAAUGGCUAUGUCCAUGGCGCUUAUAUUGCAGGCAUUGACUCUGCAGAAAUUCUUAUCAACUGCGCCCAGAAGAAGAUGUGCAAGUACAAUGUCCCGGGCAAGUAUGACGACUGAGUUCAUCCCAACCAAAACACGUUCGAUCAUCAUAUUAUUACGGCGACCAACUAUGCUGCAUGUUAAUUGUGUUUCUCUAUCAGUUUACGUUUGAGCGCGAUUAAAUAAAUGACCAUGGCUUGGCUUAUAGAGACCGCUCGCUUGUUCGGGAUUGUAAUGCUUUGUCAUCAGUGAAACAAAAACUUUCCUUUGAGUGAUGUUGAAUAAAAUCUUGUGCCGCGUUAUUUCACUUUUCAA